AUGCGCGUGCGCAUCGCCAAGGCUGUGACCGUCGCGCGAAACACAAUAGAUGCCCCGCCCGCGCGCUCGACGCGCGAAUCAACCUACUACACCAACUACCUCGAUACUUUAGACGAGUUGUCUGCGGACGGCCGCGUCAAGCUUGUGAGACUUGAAGUCAAGGCAAAGCAGGAGAUUGUGCGGAUAUGGAGCAAGACUCGAUCUACCUGGUGGUGGUAA